AUGCCUUCAGUGAAUAAUUCUGCAUAUUCCCUUAGAGAUGAUCAGGAUAAGUUCAACAGGGAGCAUGCAUUGCCUGUCAAAAAAGUUCGAGUCAACACAGAUGAUAAUGUGAUAAUAGAGUCAAGCUUGGAUAGGAAUGAUAUGGAAUCACUAGGAUCGGAUUUGGAUCAAGAGGCAAAUAACAAUGAUAUAUCCGGUGAUAUAUCAUCCGGAGAAGUUACAGGAAAUGUUGUGAAUAAUGACACUAUCAAUGAUAAGCAAGAACAAGCUCCAGGAGAAGAAGAGGAAAACACUGGUUCAAAAAAGGAAAAACCACAUAUUAUAAGGCAAUUGUCCGCCAAAAGAAAAAGAAGUCAAACGUUACCGUCUAAUGUGAUCUCUGAAAAGAGAAAUAUAGCAUUUUUACAUUCCAAUUCAUUUCAAACCCUCGAUGAAGGGGAACUUGAUGGACAGGCCGAAACUGAUAACAUUUUAUCAGACGAUGGAUCGGAAGAAGCGGAAUCAAGCAGAAGCCCAUCAUGGGUGUUAACAGAAAUGUUACAUAGAAUUGGAGACAAAGAUUAUCCCGACAAAUUAUUGGUGAAAAGCUCGAACGAGUUAGUGACUUUGCUUGGAAAGCACAAGCAUCUGAGACAAGACUUAGUUCUACAGACUCUAGUUAACAAGCUCCAAAACCUUCUAUUGAAGGAAAACCAGCUUGUGGUAGCAAGUGGAUACCGGCUCUUACGCAGUGUGAUACAUGGCCAUGGAUCCUUUCGCUUUUUCAGGUGCUUAAACCUCCAGUUUUUUAUUGUCUAUUCGCUUGCUAAAGAUGUGAAAAAUACGGUCGAACGUCUCGAAGCUCUAAAAUUAGUACGACAAUUUAUUGAUACCGAAGGUGGAACGGAACUUUUGGAUUUAGGUACCGUCAAUGCCAUUGUGGCAGUAGCGGAAACGCCAGAGGAUCCUUUAAGAAAUCUUGCACUUGAGACUAUAUGUGAAAUCUCUGUUCUUUAUCCGGAAAUUGCCUACAAAGGUCAAGGAAUUAGACUUCUUGUUCAAGCAGUAGUGGAAGGAUCAAGUUCGAUUACACCUCUUUGUAUUACAGCGUUAUUAAAACUACUAGAACUGCCAUCCUCUAGAAAAUUCGUUCUUGAAGAGCAAUUCAUUCAGAAGCUGAUAUCUCCGUUUAUGAGUAUUGUCAGAGUCAAGAUCGAGCGUUUACAACUACUAGCAUACGCGAUAACGUGCACUUUAAAAACAUGGCCUGGAAUUAUUGCCUUUUCAAAGGAUAACUUUUCAUCCUUAAGACAACUUGUGGACUGUUUGACGGUUGAUGCACCUGCCAUAAAAGUGAUUAUUCUUCAUAUCUUCUUUGAUAUAUUUCGCAUCAGGCAUUUUCCAUGGAUUGCCAUGGAUGGAGGAUAUUUAACUAGCAAUAGUUCUGUGAUGAGGCUUCCACGUACAAUAAUGAUCGCACAUCCAAAGGCAACAUACAUUUCAAAGGAUCUCUAUGAAAAAGACGUCCCAUUAGUUAGCCAUUUCACAUCACUUUUAAUUUAUUUAAGCUUUAGAUGUGGACUUUGGGAUAGACUUACAGAGCAAUUUAACGAGACCAAAGACUUGAAGCUCAGCAAGAAAAUCGUUUUUCUAAUGAGUGAGAUGACAUAUUUACAGAUGAACCUUAUACCGAAAGAACUUGAAUUUAGUGUAUCACCCUCUUUUCGAUUGAAUGAACUUCUUGAGGCAAGUAUAAGGAAAUAUCAUCGUAGAGGAAAUAUUCCAAGCUCAUUCAGGCAAAAAACGCUUUCCCGUUUGAGAUCGGAAGUUGUGCCGACAUCGGCUGUGAAACUUCUCUCAUUUACUAAUUGUAAGGAUCUUGAAACAUGGAAUGUUAUCACACAGAGCCACAUGCAGCUGGAAUUUCAGAAGAGAUUUAGCAAUCUUGAUAUAAGAAUGCUGAUAAUAAAAUCACAUGUUCUAGAUACGAAGAAUUUUCAAAAAUGGGACUGGGCCCUGAUAACUCUGAUGAUGAAAGCUCCACUUCGUAAUGCCAAGUUGUUUGACGAAGUGGUUAAGACCACCAAGUUUUACAAGCGUCUACUUUCAUUUUUCAGGCCAUUCAAAUACAGGUUUUCAGCCCUAAAGCGUACCGCAUACAAUCAGCGGUAUGUUGAAGCAGGAUGUGAAAUUUUUAGAAGCCUUCUUUCAAAUGCCGCUGGAGUACAGUAUCUCAGCCACAAUAAGUUGCUUCCUCAAAUUGCAGAAUGUUUGGCACAGAUUGAUCCGUAUAGUGGAAUUACGGCGAACGAAGCCCUUUUCUCGAACAGGAAACUCGAGACUACAUUGAGUUCAUCAUUCUUCAAAUUUAUUGGCAUCCUUUCCGGGGAUACUAAUGGAAUCAAGAUGAUGGAACAGUGGUGGAUGUUUGAUAUGAUGUACCACAUAACAGAUGCUAGUACAGGCCGAGAGGAUUUGGUGAGAAUUCUUUUGAAGGAGUUGCAAUAUGGCAUGCCAGGACACAGCAGAGUGCUUUUGGAUAAGGUUGCCAGUACUGGAAGUGUGCCAUGCCGAAUUCAAGCAACUCAAAUACUGGGGAAGAUUUUGAAUCGGGGAGAAGGUGAUUCUAACUUCGCGUGCCGAACUCUUGUCGAUCAACUCUGUGAUACGGAAGAGAAGGUUUGCAAUGAGGCAAUUAGAGCAUUGACAAAAUUUGCAAAAGAUGAAGAAAGCAUUAACAUGUUGAUCUCGUACCGGCCGUCAUUGGAUGGCCUGGGAAGAAAUGGUCAGCAGUUGAUGGAAGCUAUCUUUUCGACUCCGGUCGGAUUUCAGUACUUGCAGAGUCAGUUGAACUUCGUUGAGACAGAAAUGGAGGCAUGGACAGAGGUGAAAAAUAAAGUUUAUGUCGCAGAGGUUGAGGCAUUCAUUGCUCGAAGAUUAAUGGACACAAGUGGUGAAGCAUGCCGGAUACCGUAUCACUUCUUUGGAUCAGUUUCUAAAACGGUGGAAGGUAUCAGACUGCUUGAAAACACAGGAACAUUUACAACAUUGGUUGGGGUUGUAGUCAGUUAUUUAGAAAUUCUUAACAACGAUGGAGAGGAGGAAUUUUACGCUGAAUCGAACAGUGAUGAUUUAGCCACGAGCCUUGUUGAGUUGAAAGCAGCGUUCUGGGCUGUUGGCCAUAUUGGAUCCACCGAAUAUGGAAUAACGUUAUUAGAAACUGCCGGACUGACAGACAACAUUGCCGACAUAGCACUAAGGACGAAGAAUUCAUCAAUUAAGGGCACCUGUUACUUUGUGCUUGGUCUUUUAUCUGGGACAGAUCAAGGGGCCGAAAUUCUCGACGACCUUGGCUGGAAAACAGUGCAUUCAUCUCUUGGUAGGGGUACACAGGUUUGUCUUCCAAAGGACUUUGAACGAUUCUUUCAAUCAAAGCGAGAAUUGGAAGGAGAAAAUGAGGAAAGUUUAGAGAAGAAGGUUUUUGGAAAGGACCGCUCCCUCCUCAAAAUCCCUCCAGAAUCAUCCACAAUCAUAUUUCAGAACAUCAUGUCCGAAUAUUUCAUCGACACAAGCUCUGCCUCAGGAAAGCCAUCAAGUCCUUUGAGUGGUAACUCGUGCCCUCAGGACUACUUGCUAAUUUAUCAAAUCUAUGAGAAUCUGAAUCUUGUACUUGUCAGUCAGGGUAAGGCAUACCGCAACUUAAACAGAAGCAAAAAGAGACACCCGCAGCUCUUCAGCUCGGAGCCGGCUGUGUUGAGAUUAAUAUUCGAAGUUCUUAGUCUGUACAGGGUGAAAACUCCGGUUCGAAGAUAUAUACUGACGGAGUUAAUUGACUUCUGUCCAAUGAUGGAAAACCUUUUUAAACUCGAAAAACGACGCAUGAAACGUGAACGAGUAACCCCUUCAUCACCAGCACAAACACUGCCCCCUCUUCCAAUGCCUAGAAGUACAAUUUCCGGAUCGCCAAUUCCUCAAAGAUUGAGACAUCACACAACGCCUACUCCCAUGAACCCAGAUGAUGAAAAAAUCGCACCUUCUCUUAUAAGUAGAACCCCUUCUUCUAACGGGAGUGGGUUAUCAACAAACAGUGUUAAUAUGUCUCGAAACAGGCCAUUAUUCACCAGCAUUUACAGGGGUGUGCGGAGAAAGACAUUUUCGGGACUCGAAGAGAAGAAAUAA